AUGAUGAAUUCAUACGACAUGUCGUCCUGUGCUGUAGACGAAUCUAGAUUCGGGGGUGCGGGAUCAAGGCACUGACUCGAUCCACGAAUCCUCCAUCUUGUUCUUGUUCUUCCUCUCAAAUUCCAUCGAAGUGAACUUCAGUUUCAACCAUCGCACAGUAAACAUGGUGAGAGAGGUUUCAGAGAGCUGCGUUGACAGCCUUUUGACGGAGAUGGUUUCUACAUAUUGCAAUCGCUUCUACGCCAAUAAGCCGGAGCUCGCCGCCCGUCGCAUCGAGGCAAUCGGCUAUCAGGUUGGCCACCAGCUCUCCGAACGGUAUACGAUGGAGCGGCCUCGGUUCACUGAUCAUCUCGAGGCGAUCAAAUUUAUCUGCAAGGACUUCUGGUCUGAGCUCUUCAAAAAGCAGAUAGACAACUUGAAAACAAACCAUAGAGGUACCUUUGUACUGCAAGAUAAUCGAUUUCGCUGGCUUACACGCAUGUCGGUAGAUCCUUCUCAAAGUGAAUCACAGGAUACUUCUGCGGACGGUGAAAGCAAGGCAGCUCAGGCAACAAGCAUGCAUCUAUAUUUCCCAUGCGGAAUCAUAAGGGGUGCUCUCUCAAAUUUGGGAAUUCCUUGUGCAGUUUCUGCUGAUAUUUCAAAUCUUCCUGCUUGUUCAUUUGUUGUUCGUAUAAAGGCUUGAGGAGAAGUGUAUCAAAAAGUAGAUUUCAUCUCUGGGAUAUGAAGAUUACUAUGAAGAUUAUUUUUCAGAAUUUAGAGAUCGUAGAGAUAUGGUCAAGUUUCUUUAUUGUUAAAUUGAAAAUGGUAUCUUAUACUCUUUGGGAGGAGGUGGCCAUCUGUUUAGGAGGUUAAAAUCCUACGAGUUUUUAGACAACUAGAUGUUGUAGAGUCAGGAGGAACGGGAGAUCCAAAGAGUAGUCACGACAUUAGUAUCAAAACUAUCAAGUGGAAAGUCAAAGGUGACUUGUUGAUAAUCAUGGACAAAUUACCCCUUAGUGAGCUCUGGACUUGUUUGGCUUUGGGUUCAUCUUAUGACUCAAUUUGAUAAGGCUAUAUGAUCAUAUGACAUAAAGAGGACUCAUGACAUUAUUUAGAUUUGCCAUUUUUUGUGGCUGAUUCUGAGAUAAUUACGUGGCAAUCUGUAAUUGGUCCAAAUUUACUCCUUUGCAAAUGUCUACUUCCGAAAUUUAUGUGCAAGCAUACCUAUGGAUGAAGCCUGAACGUAUGCAUUUUGAUAAGA